CGCAUCGGGCCCGAACCGGGACCAGGCCCGAACCGGGGCCUUUCGGGGCCGGGCCGGGCGGAACCAGGGCCGCUGUGGGGCCGGGGGGUGCCCCCGGAACCUGUAGGUACCGUGAGACCACCCGGGAGGCGCGGCCGAGGUGGCUGCGGGGGCCGCGCUGCCGGUGCACCGGGCCCGGGGCCUGCACCGGCGGGCCCGGAGCCGAACCCUCCGUGAGGGUACGGGAGGGGGGAGACAACCGGCGAGUCACCGGGCUGGGGGGAGCAACGCGGCCCGACCGCAGCGGGAGCCCCCGGUGGGUUCCCGGUAACCCCCGGUAAGGCCCCGGUAAGUCCCGGUGAGCCCCGCCCGCAGCCGGCCAUGGCGGGACGCGGCUCCGUGCACAGCCUGAGCAGCCUGCAGAAAACAGCCCUGCUCCUGGGAGUCCCGGCCGCGGCCACCGUGCUCUACAUCCUGUACCGGCGCUACCGGGAGAGCCGAGAGGUGCAGGUGACCGUGGUGGCGGACGAGGGGCUGGAGGUGGCGGUGCGGGUGCCCCGCAGCGCGAUGAAAUCGCUGAUCGGCCGCCGGGGAGCCACCAUCAACCAGCUGCGGCAGGAGACCGGAGCUCACAUCGAUGUGGAGGAGGAGGAGGAGGACGAGGGGGGCCAGUCCCUGGUGCAGAUCUCGGGCUCGCCGGGCCAGGUGUGCCGGGCCAGGGCGGCCGUGCUGCGGAUCGUGGCCGAGAGCGCCCCCGUGGCCGAGCAGCUGCGAGUGCCGCAGAGAGCCGUGGGCAGGAUCAUCGGCCGAGGCGGGGAGACCGUGCGGGCCAUCUGCCGGAGCUCGGGGGCUCGCGUGGAGUGCGGCCACGAGCCCGAGGCCAGCCUGGCCCCGCUGCGCAUCAUCCGCCUGCUGGGGACGCGCAAGGAGGUGGAGGCGGCCAAGAAGCUGAUCCUGGAGAAGCUGUCGGAGGACAAAGCGUUCCGCAAGGAGCUGGCGCAGGCGGCGGCGGCUCGCUGCCCUCGGAAGCAGCCCCUGGGCAACCGGAGGGAGCUGCCGGGGCCGGGCCCCGCUGUGUCCGGUGUGCCCGGUGUGCCCGGUGUCCCCGAGGGCUGGCAGGAGUGCUGGGACGUGCCCUGGCCACCGGGUGCCAGCCCGGACAGCGCUGCCAGCACGGGAACGGCGGGGAGCGAGGGGAUGGAGCUGCAGGAACCGCGCUUGGAGCUGCAGGAACCGGGCUUGGAGCUCCGGGAACCGCGCUUGGAGCUCCAGGAGCGGGGCUUGGAGCUCCAGGAGCGGGGCUUGGAGCUGCUGGAACCGGGCUCGGAGCUCCAAGAAACGGGCUCGGAGCUGCUGGAGCGGGGCUUGGAGCUGUUGGAACCGGGUUUGGAGCUGCAGGAGCCGCCCGUGCCCAAGUUUGAAGUGCCCAGCCCCGAUUUCAGUUUCCCCGCUGACGAGCACCUGGACGUUUACGUGUCGGCCGCCGAGAGCCCCGGGCGCUUCUGGAUCCAACUGCUGGGGACACGCAGCCUGCAGCUGGACAAGCUGACAGCUGAGAUGGGGCACUUCUACCAGAGCAGCCCCCCUGUGCCCCCCCCGUCGGUGCAGCCCGGGGCCAUCGUGGCGGCUCCGUACGAGGCCGAUGGCGAGUGGUACCGCGCGCGGGUGCUGGGCCCGCUGGACAACGGCCACCUGGAGCUCUACUACGUGGACUUUGGGGACAAUGGCCAGGCCCCCCCCGAGGCUCUGCGGGCUCUCAGGAGCGACUUCCUGAGCCUGCCCUUCCAGGCCAUCGAGUGCAGCCUGGCCGGGAUUGUCCCCAACGGUCCGAGCUGGCCCGAGGUGGCUCUGGACGAGUUUGACCGCCUGACCCAGUGCGCGCAGUGGGCGCCGCUGCUGGCUCGGAUCUGCAGCUACAGCCAGGGCGGGGCCUGCCCCCGGCCCAGCGUGCGCCUCUUCGCCCGCCGCCACGGACAGAGCCUGGAUGUGGGAGCAGAGCUGGUGCGUUUGGGCUACGCCGUGCCCGGGCCCCCUGAGGAGCCCCCGCAGGACAAUCUCGGCUGUGCCUCCAUCCCGAGCCUGGCAGAGCCUGGGACCCCACAGAGCUCUGGGGACAGCACUGGGGACAGUGCCAGGGACAGCACUGGGGACAGCACCGGGGACAGCGCCGGGACCCCGUCCUGCCUCAGCCUGCCCGCCACCACUGUGCCCGGGGACACCGUCACGGUCACCUGAAGCUGCCUGUGCCCGGUGCCACCGGCACGGUGACCAGGAGCUGCUCCCGGUGUCACCCACGAGGUGACCAGAAGCUCCGGUGACCCCGUCGAGGUGACCCAGGCUCCCGGUGACCCCAGAGGUGACCCAGGCUCCCGGUGACCCCACCACGGUGACCCAGGCUCCCGGUGACCCGGAGCAGCUCCCGGUGCCACCAGCACGUGCAGUCCCCUGUCCGGAGCCCUCCGGGAUGCCGGACCGACCAAUCGCGGGGAUCUCCGCUUGUGCCUCUUGUCGCGACACGACACUUCCGUUACCGGGAGUUCCCGGUUCCGUCGCCUUGUUUUGCGGUUCCGUUGCACUAUUUGUGGUUCUCGGUUAAUAAAGUUGAAGAUUUCUCA